UAAGCUUCACUCAGUCAACCUCCUGUUUCCCUUUGAAGAGGCUCUACUCUGAUUUCCCCAUCUUUUGACUCUGGAGAGAAGAGAGCAAGGACCAAGGAAAGGAAAGGAAAGUCCUGUAAGGAUAUAUAGCAUAGUUUAUAGGGAAAGAGAGUUGGAGAGAAGAAGCUAAAGGGGCUUUGCUGCUUUUGCCGCUGUCGAUCAGGAAUAGCUGAGUGGAGGAGCCCCUGCUGAAGUGCUCAGCAGUCUGUCUUUUCCUGCCUGCUGGCCUUUCCGUCAUCUGUCCAUGCAGUAAGAGGAGAGAAGAACAGAGCAGGCUAGAGAGAGUUGACUCAUCAGGAUUCACUGUGUUUGGACUGUAAUAGUUAUUUUUGAGGGGGGUAUUUGGGGAGGUUAGGGGUGUUAAGGCUGCAGGUGGUGCUAGGGAGUUUGUUUUGCCAUGCAGCACUCUUGGGAUCGGACAAGUAUCACUGAGAGUGUCAAGAAAGGCCGUACAAAGAUGCUGGGAAAAGGACAAAGUAGUGGAUACUCCCCUGAGACAACGAGUGAACUCUUGCAGAGCAUCACUGCAGCGCCUGUGGACAGCACUGAUAAGAAGGGCAUCCAGGUGGGAGGCCAGCUGCCAGGUGGUGUGCAGGUGGGGCCUCAGCAUCAGAACCAACAGCUCCUCUUGACCCCAGCCAGCCUCCAGCUUGCUCAGCUCCAGGCCCAGCUUACCCUCCAUCGCCUCAAACUGGCUCAGGGGGGCAAUACAGCUUCUGCUGCCUCUGUUCUCAAUCAGGUUCUUUCCAAUGUCGCCAUGUCCCAACCCCUGUUUAAUCAGCUACGGACUUCGACUAUGGUUGGGAACCCUCAGGGUGCCUUCCCCUCAGGGAUGAUAGGUUAUCCCUCUUCAAAUUCAGCCUUGGGCCCCUUAGUGGGUGGAGGAUUCAACCAAAACCCAGGGAAUGUGAGACUGAACCAUCCUGGUGGAGGGGGCAUCGUGGGCCAACACAGCACAGAGUAUGGUAAAAAGUCAGGGUCAACUUACCCCUCUGAUUCUGACAGGCGUCUUCAGUACAACUUAGCUGGGGGGACAUCUGCAGCAUCAGCCACUGCUGGUGAUGAACAGUACUCAAUGAUUAACACUCAGGCAAAAAACAUGAACAAUGUUGGUUUCCAGAGAGAUUUCUAUGGGCAUGAUGUCCUGGGGCAACAAACUGGGUUUAGUGUCAACGAGCAGAAUAUGAAUGUGUAUAACUCCUCUGGGCAUAAGGAGCAAUGGAAAGGCCCUGCUAACCUGAGUCACACUGGAAAGGUUGAUCUGGUGCCUAAUGCUGCCAAUGUGUGGACAGCAGUUGGUCAGCCAAUUCGGUCCAGAACAGAACUGUAUAACCCUGAGGAGCCAACCCCUGACCCCAAGUUCACUCCCAGUAGCGGGAUUUCCUUGUUUGGUACAAGUGGCACACAGGCGUUUGGCGGCUACCAGCCUCUGCAUGGAAGUGAGGAAACCCUGUCUUCGGGUACCAGAACACUUCAGCCAUACCAAGUCAACGAUUACCAUGCUGUCACACCCACUCAACUACCACACCAGUGUAGCAUCUGUGACAAAAAGGUCUACAACCUCAAGGACUGGGACCAGCACGUGAAGGGAAAACUACACCUGCAGAACCGAACGUUGUACACAAAUGAAAGCUCCGCAGGCGUAUCAGCUGGAGCUGUUCACUACGCUGUCAGCAGGCCUUCUGAUGGAGGUCUGAACACAGGAGGAACGAACUCCAUGGUCUACUCUGCUACAAGUCAAGAUGUAUCCUCAGGAACCAAUACAUCAUACUUACCAGCUGCAGCCAUGAAGACUUAUGCCCUGUCAGACACAGGAUUUGCCUCACACCAGCCAGAAUCAAAGCCAUUUCCACCCAGAAAGGCCACCGCAGGUCGAGUUGUUCACAUCUGCAACCUCCCUGAAGGCAGCUGCACAGAGAACGAUGUCAUCAACCUGGGACUACCGUUUGGCAAAGUCACCAACUACAUCCUCAUGCGCUCUACCCAUCAGGCAUUUGUGGAGAUGGCAUAUGUUGAAGCAGCACAAGCCAUGGUUCAAUACUACCAACUUACUCCAGCUAUGAUUAACAAUCAGAAACUUCUUAUACGAAUGUCUAAGAGGUACAAGGAGCUUCAACUCAAGAAACCAGGUAAAGAUGUUCAAUCGAUCAUCCAGGAUAUCAGCUCUCAGAGGGAGAGGGAUGAGAUUCAAGAACUUGAACACUACAUACCAGAGAGAGCACGCUCCCGCAGCCCUAUCAGCCGCUCUCUGAGUCCUCACUCCCACAGCCCCAGUUUUACAUCAUGCAGUUCAGCCCACAGCCCCCAGGGGGCGUUAUGCAGGGGUCCAGAGAGAGCCAGCAAUGGCAUGGGCCAACGCCGGGGCUCUUGGGAUUGGUCAUCACAUUUAAGAAGGGCUGAGGACGAAAGGGAGAGGGAUGACCCUUGGAGGAACGGGAGCAGUGUGGAUGAUGAUCGGCCUAAUGGACGGGCAGCUGAUCGUCGGAAGGCUUACCAAAAACCCUUGGAUCAUAUCAGCUCGAGAUCAGCAGAUGAGCGAGGAGUAGGAGGAGGUGAAGGGAUGAGAGGUAACAGAGACUGGCACCCACGAGGAAGCCCUCAAGGCAUGUCCUUCAACUCUUACAGGAACAUGGAGGACGACUUCUACAUAAAGGAAGAAAUGUACAAGUCAGACAAGCCUCCCAGACCUCCAUACCAAAGGCAUGAUGCAAAGCCAAAGAGGAGGGAUGGUGGUGACUACUACAGUAGGUCGAGGCAUUCAGAGUUCGAGAUGACUGAGGAGCCACUUCGAAGAACCCUAGAAGACAAGAGGCAGAGUUCACCAGACAGAGGCAGGAGCAAAAAGACAAGCAGGAGGCACACCACUGCGGAAAAACAUGAGAGAGAAAAUGCUACUGAAAACACAGAUUGCCAGUUAAAAGAAAAAUCUGGAUCACCUCAGCAAAGCAAUAAGCCAAAAGAGGCUACUGAAUGUGGUAAAAAGAGAGACACAGAGAAGGAAUGGGAAAGUGGAGAUGACACUGAUGAAGAGUGUUGGUAUCCUAAGAACAUGGAGGAACUAGUCACUGUAGAUGAAGUGGGAGGAGAAGAUGAUUCCAUAAUUGAGCCAGACCUUCCUGAGUUGGAAAAAUAUGCAUCCUGCCCCAAAGAGUCUGCAGAAGAAGAGGCAGUGGAGGCGCAUACAUUACCAUCUACCUCGCCCUCCUUGGAGGUGCAGGCAACAUCUAACAAGAAGUCUAACGAGGAAAAGGUCUGUGAGGAAGCUGCAGACCAGGCAGAAACAUCUGUAACUGAGAAACCAGGGGAUGUUUUAACUUCACCGAGUCCUGAAGACCAGAAACUCCAGUGGCCCCAGUGCCUAGUGGCUCCUGAGCUACCAGUCACUAACCUUAGUGACUUCCCUAGUGAGGAGUUCAAGGCUGCACUGGAGGAGACAUGUUUAGAGGAAACCAAAAGUGGGCCAUUAGAAGAGUUCAUGGAAAAUCACAUUGAUGAAUCAGAAGACAGCAAAACUUCAGAAGUAGAACAGGUUACGGAAACAAUCAAUAACGGGGUUCAACACAAGGACAGCAGUCUUAAAAAAGAGAUUGAAGUCCCUUCGCCAUCUCGUGAGCAAGAUAAAGCUGUCAGUGAACACAGUAUCCCUUUGGGAGUGGAGUUCAUUGUGCCAAGGACCGGCUACUACUGUAAACUCUGCGGACUUUUCUAUACCAGUGAGGACACUGCGAAGACCACUCACUGCCGCAGCACUGUACAUUACAGGAACCUACAGAAGUACCUGUCCCAGCUGGCAGAAGAGAGUCUGUCGGACGCACUUGUUUAACCUUCAGCUGCACAGUGACAUCAGCUUGGCUUCUCACGUCUUGUACAGUGAACAGCAUUGAACAUGAUUGAAGAUGAACAUGUAUGUGUGAUGUUCGUGCAAGGAUAUGGACACUAACAGCAUGGAUAAUGUGACACAUGGAGGCUAGAGUAUGUGGACGAUUGCACUGGUUUUGAUAUUUUGCGGUUAGGAUAUCUUUAAAGGACAAUCUCAUCGGUACAUGCUUUCAAUCUUGUACAUACCUGAAGUGAAAUGUAUAGUGAAGCUACAAUAUUGAAUUUAUUUUUUGGUUUAUAAAUUUUCUUACAGUUUUUGUGAUUGUGUGUGAAAUUUAUUUGUGUUGUUUUUUUCAAUGGGAAUGUACUUACAUAGGUUUGUAAUUACAGAGAAGACACACUUUAACAGUAAGGACUUAUGUUAGUCCAUUUACUGAGUUUAAAUGAAUUAUGCUCCUAACAACAGCAAUAUAUUUACAGCUGCAAAAUAACUUGAAAUAUGUGCCAAAGAAUGUUUUUACUCAGUUAGAGAACUGGGGCAGAUUCUCAGGUUUGUUGUAUUUGUUGAACAGAUUUCAAGUACACAAUAUUUACAUAUUUAUUUAUUAUAUCUGGGGCUUUAAAGGCUCUUGUUGUUUUUUUGUUUUGUUUUUUUUGUGCCAGUUUGUGCACUGCAGUAUUUGUCUGUCUAAAUCGUUUGGACUGAUAAUGUUAACUAUGCAAAAGUUUUUUUCUUGAAAUUCUAUGUUGGAUUUAAUUCAUACGACAGUCCCAGUCAUAUUUGCCAACAUAUGUAAUGCCUUAAAUAUUGAAGACCUUAAACUGGACCAUGUGUUUAAUUUAUCUGAGUUAAACAUGCAAUGUUUCAUUUUACAGUGAUUUGUUCAGAAGAUUAUCAAGCCAAAAUUUGUUUUUGUAUACUGUGAAAAUCGAUCCUGUGACACCAGUGAUAGUGUUUUCUUUGACAAACUUUUCAUAUGAUUUUUGAUGCAAACAAACUUGAAUAAACAUUUUAAACAUAUGAACAUUGUGUCUAACAUAUUGCGUAUGCUAUAAUGGUAAUACAGUCAUGAACACUACCCACAGGCCGGGUACAAUACAUCAUGCAGUCA